UCCUGGGCGUGGUCAUGUGACUUUUGGUCACGUGACUCGUCAUCGGUGAAGUCCCUCUCCGCCAGUUUGCAGCAAAAAUGUGCGGCUCCGUGGUGCUUUUCUGGCUCUGCGCGUCCGCUGUGCUCGUCCGUGAUGGGCUGUGCGCGCCCCCGCCACCCAAAGAGGCGUGGAACUACGUGGAGGUGAGGGACGGGGCCCACAUGUUCUGGUGGCUCUAUCACGCCGACGCUGGGUUCCGGGAGCUCCCGCUGGUCAUGUGGCUGCAGGGUGGACCCGGGGGGUCUGGAAGCGGAUUUGGAAACUUUGAGGAAAUCGGGCCCUUGGAUCGGGAUCUACAGCCCAGAAGCACCAGUUGGGUGAAGGCGGCCAGCGUGCUCUUUGUGGACAACCCCGUGGGCACCGGCUUCAGCUUCGUGGACCGGGCCGACGGCUUCGCCACAGACGUGUCCAUGGUGGCCUCGGACAUGCUGGUGCUGCUCCAGAACUUCUUCACGGAGCGGCCCGAGUUCCAGAGCAUCCCCUUCUACAUCUUCUCUGAGUCGUAUGGAGGGAAGAUGGCCGCUGCCAUCUCCUUGGAGCUCACAAAGGCUGUGGCUCAGGGGUCGGUCAAAUGCAGCUUUGCCGGUGUGGCUCUGGGAGACUCGUGGAUUUCACCGCUGGACUCUGUCAUGACGUGGGGUCCGUACCUCUACACCACGUCCCUGCUGGACGACUCGGGCCUGGCGGACGUGAGCGGCGCGGCGGAGGCGGUGAAGCAGGCCGUGGAGCAGCAGAGCUUCCUGAAGGCCACAGAGCUGUGGUCCGUGGCUGAGACGGUGGUGGAGCAGAACACAAACGGAGUGAAUUUCUACAACAUCCUGACGCAGGAGUCAGAGGACAAACGGAGGUUUUCCGCUGCGAAGGACUUCAUCUCUCUGCAGGCUCUGCGGCACGUCAGCCCCCUCCAGAGGCCGUCCCUGAGCCAGCUCAUGAACGGACCAAUCAGGAAGAAGCUGGGCAUCAUUCCCCAGAAUGUCACCUGGGGAGGUCAGGCGGAGGACGUGUUCAGCAACAUGGCAGGAGACUUCAUGAAGCCGGUGGUGGACGUGGUCGACCAGCUGCUGAGCGCCGGCGUCAACGUCACGGUCUACAACGGCCAGCUGGACCUCAUCGUGGACACGUUGGGUCAGGAGCAGUGGGUCAAGCGGCUCAAAUGGGACGGCCUUCCCGGCUUCAGCAAGCUGCGCUGGACGCCGCUGGAUGACCCCGCCUCACAGGGGGCGACCGGAGCCUUCUACAAGACCUACAAGAACUUCUCCUUCUACUGGAUCCUGAAAGCUGGUCACAUGAUCCCGUCAGACCAGGGAGCGAUGGCCCUGAAGAUGCUGAAGAUGGUCACUCAGCAGGACUGAUGGUCCUCUGAAGCCGCCUGAACGCCUCAGACAAUCACUAAUGAUCCAAAAUCCCAACUGCAGUUUGGUUUGAUUCUACGUUUUGUAUGUCUGCGUCCAAAGAAUCAAUAAAGUUUUUAUUUGUAAA